UGGCUAAAUCUAUGCAAAGUAACCAAUCAGAUUUCGUAUUCCAUAUAAUUGAGGAGUAGGAAAACAGAACUCUUCUCUUCCCAGUCGAAAAUGGACGUCUUAAAAGCUGAAUUAGAGAGGAAGAAGCGCAUGUUGCAAAGUAACAGCGACAUAAUGGCUCCAAAUAAGAAAUAUUUCAAGAGAGGUGAUCUUGCAGCUAAACAAGAAGAGGAGUACUGGAAAAAACAUAAAAAAGCUGUUCAAAAUACAGAGAUAGAUUCUGAAUUAGCUCAGAUGGGUGGAAGUAAACCUUCAAGUUCUGAAGACUCGGAGAAAGUUAUGCUUCAUAGAAAAGAGGUAAUAAGAAGGCUUCGAGACUUCAAUGAACCAAUACUUCUAUUUGGAGAGUCAGAAUAUGAUGCUUUUGCGAGACUGAAAAAGUUGGAGUCGGCAGAACCGGACUUCAGCAAGGGUUUAGGAGCUGGUUCCAAUGAUUUUAAAGCGGCUAUGGACAAGGUAGAUCAGGAAUAUUAUGCUGAGAUCAUGAACUCUGCCGACAGUGCUGAAGCCCACAGCAGAAAAAGGGAAACAGUCUCGGUCAAAGAUGAUGGUACCACAAUUGAUGAUAUAGAGGUGUGGAAAAAUGAGUUGGGUAAUGGUGAUAGUGACAGGGAUCAAGAAAUUAUUCUGCGUUUCUUGAAGUUUGUAUUAAAUACUUGGGGAAAUGACAUCAACAAGAAAUCUGAUUCGGAAAAGAGAAGUUUAAAAGGAAAGAUGAAUGCUGCUAUGCACCAACAAACUGUCAGUUACAUGAAACCCAUGUUUAGGAAGUUGAAAAAUAAGAAAAUGCAAGAGGACAUCUUGGAGUGUCUAGUUCAGAUUUUAGGAUUCACUCUAGAAAGGGAUUAUAUCAAGGCAAAUGAUUCAUACUUGGAGAUGGCUAUAGGUAAUGCGCCCUGGCCUAUUGGUGUCACUAUGGUUGGUAUUCACGCCCGUACAGGACGUGAGAAGAUUUCCUCCAGAUAUGUUGCCCAUGUUCUGAAUGACGAAACACAGAGAAAAUACAUUCAGGGACUGAAAAGAAUUAUGACACAAGCUCAAGUGUUCUUCCCUACAGAUCCAUCUAGAAGUGUGAACUUUGAACCAAUCCAUCACUGAGGCCUUGUCUUCUAGAUCUUUAUGGCUAUAUUUGAUCGUGAUAAUGUGAUAGUACAUAUUCUGAUGUUAGAGAUAGAACAGAUGUAAGAACAGAAUAGUGAGGUACCACUGUACAUAUACAGGGAUGUGACACAGUAUAGGUUUGUGUUCUCCCUGUGAUACGAAACAAGAGGUCAAUGAUAUGAACCAAGAGUUCAAUCUAGGGCGGAAAAUUAAAUCUUCGAGGUUUUACUAUGCUCAGUCUAGUACCUACCUUGAAUUGUUCAGUAACGGAACACAAAAUAUCGUACAGGGUUGUGUAGCUUUGAGUUAGACAAGAUGUUCCCUUCUGCACUCUCCGUCUUCUUAGUUUGUAGUUUUUUAUUCAGUACAUGUAGAAUAUUUUUUGUUUUUUCACACUUUAAUUAGCAGAUGUAGCAAUGAAAAUUAACUUUUUAUUUGUUUUACAGGUAUUGAGAUAUAGGUACACCAAUUGCAAAACUUACAUAUCUCAGCAACUUCAUUUAUGAAGUUUAUAAAAAGUUCUGAAUUAAAAAAUAAAAAAUGCCAGUUUGAUAAUAGAUUAUUGUAAAUUUUCAUGGGGCAUUCGGAUGAGUUGUUAAAUUGGGUAUAUUUAUGUUUUUUAUGUUUAGAUGAUGCAUUUAAGAAGGAUUAUUAAAUACAAGAUUCUUGAUAAUCCCCAUUAAUUAAAUGUAUCAAGUUACUAAACUAUGUAAAUGUCAGAUUCUAACAAUAAAUUCUUACUUUCAUAGAUCAGUAAUAAAGUUCAAAUUGUUCUGAUAAAUUCAUUUUCAAAUUCCCUUGCGUUCAUUUUUGAAUUAAGUACAUUGUAUAUUAGAAUUAACCCCUUGUAAAGUCUUUCUUUUUUCACUCUGACGUUUGUUCAUAUGCUUUAUAGCUAAAGAUUGAGUCCAAUCAAUAUUAGGUGGUGAAGUACAGAAGUCUGGAAGUAUUAUUCCUUUGGGAUCUCUCUGAUAUGUGAAUUUCAACUGAACAGUUUCCUUUGCCUUGUGGCAUUCCUGGGAUAAGGGAACCCUCUGUUACAUAAGGCUUAUCUAGGUUUCCUUUGUCCUAUUUACUUGACUUGGCAGAGCUUCUUUAUUAGAUCUUGCUGCUUCUAGUUGAGCUGUUCUCUCGGAUUCCUAAUCUUCCAGUCUGUCACUGAUUAUGUUGAAAUCCAUCAUCGCCUGCUUGCUACAACUUUUGUUUUUCCAUCAUUAUAUAUCCUUAUCAAUUUCAGUCAGUUUUGCCAAAUUAUUAGUUGGCUCACCUACUGUAAUACUUGGAAGCCUUUUAUCUAAUAACUGAAUAAUCUGUUCUGCUAGUCAGAUCUGUUUUUUCGGGCCAUAAGGUCCAUGUCUCCUGUAGACUUGGCACGAUACUAAUUGUUGAUUAGUUCUGUGUAAAAGAUUGCAAAGGUAUUCUAAAUGUGUUUACAGUCACUUUUCGUAUUACACAUUAUAGAGUUUACAUUCUGACUUUUCAAUUACAGUCCUCUUCCUUGAAUAAGGUGCAUUUUGUUUUGAAAAGAUACACACGUCUUUUUCCACAUGUUUUUUUCUUUACUUUGGAUGUUAAACAUAAAAAAUUUAAUAUAGUUGGUUUUCAUCAAAUAGUUGAUGUCUUUGGUGAAAGUUUGCAAAGGUGUCCCAAAUGUGUUUUCCACAUUUUCAGAUCAAUUCUUAUUAAUCUUCCAUUGUUUCCAGUAACAAUCCAUAAUUUUGUAGAGGUGCUCAUGCACAAUUUCCAUAACUGAAGUAUUUCAUGCUGAAGUUUUCAAAUGUGUUCUCAUUUUUCUGAUUAUAAAUUAUAUGUUAUAAAUAUUAAAUAUAUAUCAUGAAUAUUAUUAUAUAUAUUAUAAAUCACCCA